UGUGUGUGUAUCUGAUGCACCGUUAAUUUUCUUGCCUUGUUCGACGACCGAAUCUGAAAUUUAGCUUGGUGUGAAAACACCGAUUUGGCAAGAAAUACUCUCGUUCUGAUUGUAGCAUUUUUCGGUGGUCAUUCGGUUAGCAGCAUUCUUUGAGUUCGGUUGACUUUUGAACCAUAAGACUAAAAGUGAAUUUGAAACCUAAUACCGUGCUGUAUUGAUAAAACUGUAACCUGCAAUAAAUUCGCGUAAACUCUUUUGAUUGAUUUCUAAAGAAAAAAAUCCAAUCGUCGCUCACAAGUUCCAACGCCAGAAAUGGAAUCAGCAAAACAAAAAGAAGUCCUGCUAAAACGCCUCUCUGAUGCAAAUCGGUUGGUAGCUGAAGAAAAGGAGCGUCAGGCCGACAUCCGAGAGGAUAUUCGCGAUUUGCGCCGGUCAAACUAUCAAACAAUCCGUCAACAUGAUGAAAAUGAGCUCCGCAUGAUGUUGUCAUCGUCAUCGACAUACAAUAGCUUGCGGCGUUGUGUUGGUGUCAUCGUAUCCACCAAGGGAAUGCUUCAUCGCCUGAAGAAUUUUGACCAGGCCGAGAAACAAAUGAUCGAUCGUCAUCGUCGCGAACUCAAUGAAAUUUCGUCGAAAUUUCAGGACAAUCACGUCGAUUUGGGUGAAGAAACCACACAACUCGAUGAUAAGAUCGCCAACGCCGAGAAAAUGGUGGAACAACGCAAAAAAGAGUUGGCACAAUGGGUUAAGACCAAAGAGUCGUUCCGCCGUGGAAGCGAACGCAAGAAGGUCGAUUGCCGCGACAAAAUGAGCAAACAGAUAGACAAGAGGAGCGAGGUCAAAUUGCGAUUGAUGAACGCCAAAAUGGAACGUUCCGUACGGGCAUUGAUGGCCAAAUUGAAGAAGAAAUAAGAAAUUCCUCAAGGUGCAGUAAGGCGAUGCCACAGUGACCAUCGAGUCGCAAACACCGUUUUCGAAUAUAUUUUUUGUCCAUUUUCAUGAAUUCGAUAUUCUUUUGUACUUUUUGCCGUAAUUGAACAAUUUUUGUACUCAAUCUGAGUUAGAGCGAACUGAAUCGCAUACAUGAAUCUUGAAUUCAAAUAAAUUAACAAUAAUCCAGUGGA